AUGGCCCUUCUACUUCCCUGGUUACUGCCGAGAAGCGCGGGACGUCCUGAUCGUUCUGAUCAAAAGCGUCCACGGUGUCUGGGCAAUCUUGCCGAAGUGGCGUCUCAAGCUCCAACCAGUUUUCGGAGUCGAGAUAUCCCCGCCACUUCACCAGAUAGUGGAUCUGACUCUGGGGACGACGUCGUCUCGCUAGAAAUUCCACGUGAUAGUGGACGUCAACGUUCUCAUCGAGAAGAGUCGGUGGUGGACGGUGACGACCGGGCCGACCGGGCCGACCGCCGUCCGGUGAUUCGCGAUGCUCUUCGAGCCCUUGUGGAUGAGAUCCUUUGUGAUCGGAACUCCGCUGAGCGUCAUGCUGAAGAACCAUAUCAAUGUGUGGACGCUCUUGAUGCUUUGGAGCGCGUUGUGCGCCGGCUACCUCGCCUUGAGGACUACCACGCUCUCUCGGAGCGACUCCUACCCGUGAAGCAGGCGAAUGCAUCGCUGCAGGCAACGAUGGGGCGCUUGGCUCCGUUGGAGAUGAAGAUUGUUGCACUCCGUGCUCAGAACCAGUUGCUGGUUCAGUUUCUGGGUGGCCGAGGGCCCGUGACAUCCGCUCUGGCGCCAACGCUUCCGCGUUCACUUGCGCCAGAUCCCGAUACGGCUUGA